AACACUGUCGAUUAUGUACAUGGUGUUUAUCUCCUUAAUGCAUGUUCUUUCCCCCGUGUUAGCGUUUUCUGGAAGGAGCUGCUGAGCUGUGCGGAGACUGGCCCACGUCUGGAUGUGCUGACUGGCCCACGCUGGGGAUCCUCACGGCCACCUGGAGCUGGGCUGUCCCUGAAGGAGAGGACGGCCUCUCAGGCCUCGAUUUCCGGCCACCGAGUGAAAGGGACCAAGGUGCCCAAGGCAGCGGAGGCUCCUGGGGCUCCGGGCCCUGCGGCUGCGGCUGCGGCUGUGGAGGUGAAGGAAGGGGCAGGACUCGGCCCGAGGGCACACAGCUCCCUGGGUCCUGGGAGACCCGCGGGCGGGCGUGAAGGGCAGAGAGCAGGUGACGGGUCGGAAGCUUGUCCCUGUCCCAGCCCCUGGAGAGCCGGGCUUCUCUGAGGGCGUCUCCUCAGACAGGACCCCUCCCGGCACGAUGGCCCUGGCGGCCUCCCUGGCGCAGCUGCACGCGGAGGCCAGCUGCCCCAUCUGCCUGGACUGCCUGACGGACCCGGUGACCACGGGCUGUGGGCACAACUUCUGUCACGCCUGCCUCCAGCAGCGCUGGGAGGGGCUCCGGGACCUCUUCCCCUGCCCGCUCUGCCUGCAGCCCUGCCCUGACCGCAGCUGCAGGAGGAACAGCCAGUUAAGCCACCUGGCUGACGCUGUGAGGCAGCUUCCCAGCACGAGGGCCAAGAGGGGCCGGCAGGGGGAGGCCCCCCUGUGUGAGCAGCACAGUCAGGCCCUGAGCCUGUUCUGUCAGGAGGACCUGGAGCUGCUGUGUCCCCAGUGCAGGCUCUCCUCUAAGCACCGCCACCACCCCCUGGUGCCCGUGGAGCAAGCUGCAGUGUGUCACAGGAGGAGGCUCAAGGGCUACCUGGAGCCCCUGACAAAGCAGCUGGAAGAUGCUGGAAAGGGCUUAGAAAUGCAAGUCUCCAAAUCAUUUGAGUUGGUGUCCAACGUGGAGAAUCGAAAGAGUGAAUUGCUCUUUGAAGCUGAACAUUUUAAGAAUUUCUUGAAAACAGAGCACAAUGUAAUUGACUUCAUGUUACAGACUGAAGAGAAAAGUGUUCAGUAUGAAAUAAUUGACAAAAAAACCCAAAUAUCAGACCAUGGAUCCACGUUGAAAACUCUGUUUUAUGAAAUAACCAACAAGUGUUCCCAGUCUGACUUGGAGUUACUCACAGGCAUUGAAAGAAUCCACAGAAGCUAUGAAAACCUAGAGAGCCCAGCAGCCAUUUCAUACGAAGUAAAGAAGGAGGUUUUCACUCUCCCCCCACAGUAUUUUGGCUUGCACAAAAUGAUCAGCACCUUUCAGGUCCAUUUGACACUGGAGCCUAAAACUGCUCACCAGAGCCUCCGAAUUUCACAAGAUCAGAAAACUGCAACCUUUCAAAGGAUGGAACCAAACUGUGUUCAUCCUCCCCAAGUGUUUACCUCUUACCCCGCUGUCCUGAGUUCAGAGAGUUUUGAUGCUGGCAGGCAUUUUUGGCAGGUAGAAGGCAGAGGCAUGAGGGAGUGGUCCUUAGGGGUGUGUAAAGAAUCUUUCCCCAGAAAUUCUCCUGUCUCACCUUCCGCAAGCAAUGGCUGCUGGCAGAUUCAGCUCUGGGCUGUGAUACAGGACACGCGGGUUUUAGGAAACCCCUGUCAGUAUGGCGUUUUUCUGGACUGCGAUUUGAGAGAAGUUUCCUUUUACAAUUUGAAUGAUAGAUCACAUUUAUAUACAUUCAGUGAAAUUUUUACAGGGAAACUUAUGGCCUAUUUCUCUAUUAGACCUUCUUCUAAAUCACUAACGAUAAGUAUAGUUGAAAAUGAGUGUUGA